AUGUCACCACCCUACCCUCCAGAAAAUGCCAGUCUAGGCCUCACACCCACCAACAAUGUCGAUACACCCAUCAGCGCCAUCUUCAUGAUCCUCUUCCUCCUCGCCGCCAUAAUCCACAUGUCAAUCCUCAAAAUAAACUUCCGGCGCGGCCAAAAAUUCAUCAUGUCCGGCAUGGCGUUCGGAUUCAGCUGUUCCCGCGUCAUCACCUGCAUCAUGCGUAUCGUCUGGGCCUCCUAUCCCACCAACAUCAAGAUCGCACUCGCGGCCCAGAUAUUCGUCGCGGUGGGCACAAUACUGCUUUUACUCAUCAAUAUGAUUUUCACAAGUAGAUUAUUGAGAGCCUAUCAUACCUGGGCUUGGAACAUAUGGAUCCGCAUGAUGUUUAGAGUCGCAUAUGUGAGUUUAUUUGUGGGACUCAUCGCGGUUAUUUCGGUCACGGUCGAUAUGUUCUUUACGCUGGAUCCGAAUGUUUUGAGGAUAGAUCACGAAAUGCAAGUGGGUAUCGAUACCUAUUUUGCUGUUUAUGCAUUCAUGCCAGUUCCACUUCUGGCGUUGAGACUUCUAUUCCCGCUUACACAUUUGGUCACGAAAGCCAAGGAUCGCUCAUCGGUCGAGAAAUUCGGCACGGGUCGCUUUCGCACGAAAGUGAGAUUGGUCUUGUUCACAUCGAUACUACUCACGCUCGCAGCAGCUUUCAGAGCAGGAACCGCGUAUAUACCCCGUCCAAUUGAUAAUCCGGCUUGGUAUAAUGGUAAAGCAUGUUUCUAUAUUUUCGAUUUCAUGAUGGAUAUCAUAGUACUGUAUAUAUAUGCGGUAAUGAGAAUGGAUAGACGAUUUAUUGUACCGAAUGGGACGAAGGAUCAAGGGGAUUUCAGGGUAGGAGGAGCAGGGGGCUUGCCGGUUAAGGGUGGAGAGGGCGCGGGAGUGCUUAGGUGGGAGUGGAUGAGGGGUUGGAAGGGCGAAUGGAGGGAGUGGGAGGUGCAGGGUGAUGAUGAGGUUUUUUGUGAGAGAGAGAGAAAUACGGUGGGUGAGCGGAAAGGGAAUGGGGAUGUUGAGGAGGGUGAUACGUAUACGGAGACGGUAGUUAAUACUAGUGGAGGUGUAACGCCAGAGAUUGUGGGGAGCAGAGAGGAUAUUGAUAUUGAUAUUGAGAAGGGUGGCAAGUGA